UACAAACUGAGGCUAACAGGGCGCUGCUAACUGAAGCUGUUUGAAUGAAUGAAUGAAUGAAUGAAUGAGAGCGUGUGAGCGUGGGCACCUGCUGCUGUGUUCAUACACAGUGAUGAAGAUGAAGACUCCUUACAGUCACGGUCUCGUCGCUGUAGAGUGAUGCAGCACAAGUUCUGUUCCAGAGACUCUGGUUCUUUCCUCUUGGACAGGACCGGCCCGGCCUGCGGCGCCGCCAGUGACCCCCUGACCUCCUGUGACCCCCUGACCUCCCGUGACCUCCCGGUUCACUGCCCUUGCUGCGGCGAGCAACAGCGUUUCCACAGCCUGAACUCACUCCGCGUUCACCUGGACUGUCGCCACUCGUACCACUCACCUGACGUGAUCUCAGCUGGCUUCAGCAUCACCGGAAAACUCCCCGACCCUCUGAUGGCGGCGAUCCCCUGGUACGACAUGAGCCUCCCGACCCGCAGGGGACAGCAGAGUGCAGAGCGGCCACCUCACGUACGCUCCCUCAGCGACAGCAGAGAUAGUGGCUACCUGCACUCGUACAGUUCUGUGAGGAGGUGCACACACAGUGUCGGUGUGGGGAUGCAGGAGGAGGAGGAAGAUGAAGACAGAAAUGAAGGAAGAAAUGAGGAAGAUAUCAAAAUAUCCACAAAAAAAUCAGACACAGGCCAACAUCUCUUCCUGUUCCCUCCUCUCAGACCACCACCAGACCUGGACCCAGACCUGGACCCAGACCUGGACCCAGACCUGGACCCAGUCCUGGACCCAGUCCUGGACCCAGUCCUGGACCCAGUCCUGAAUGUGGUUGAGCAGAGGUCUUUCUCUGGUGUGGAGACGGCGUGUGCGUGUGCAUCGGCGUGUGCGUGUGCAGCAGCAGUGCUGCGGCGGCGGCGUCUGUCCCGCCUCCUGCAGAGACGUCUGUCCACAGUGAGCACAGAGCUGGUUCACACUGACACGGAGCUGCUGUGUGAACGCGCUCACUCUCAACAGCUGAUCCAGGAGAGACAGGAAGUGGCCGAGCGGCAGCGCUCACUGAGUCGGCAGGUGGACGUGGCGGUCGUGGUGAUCGCCACGCUGAGGGAGCAGAUCAACGCCUCGGAGAACGAACUGGAGCGAAGAGAGAGGGAAGUGAUCACCAUCCAGAAGUUUCUGGAAACAGCAGCUCGACAGGAGACGAGCGGAAAAGUCCGGAUCCAGCGUUUCAUCGAGAACCUGCUGAGACGCAUCGAUGUGACUGAGAGACUGGUCGAGUAUUACCAGCAGCAAAGUGAUAACAGACGUGACAGAAUCAUAAAAAGCAGAUCAGCUGUUGGUCCACUGUCCUCUGGUUGCCAGGACAACAGAACACACUCCUCCCACUUUAGUGGCCGUCCUUUGUUCUGUAAAGUGGGCGGGGACCAGGAACGCCGGGAACUCCAGGAACUCCGGAAACACCGGGAAAACCGGGAACGUCUGGCUCAGUCGUCCAAACUCUUCUGUCGACCCGAACACAGAGAUGACAUCUGGAACCACCGGCGCCGCCGAUCCACCGGGUACGAGACCUAGAACACACCAGGGUGAGGGGGCGGAGUCAAGGAGUCAACACAUUUCACAGUGAUUUUAUUUCAGUGUGAAAAAGUCUUUCACUGAUGAAAGGAUGAAUAUGAACUCACACUUAAAGGUGCAGUACACAGGAUUUAAUUUUUCUCUUCAUUAAUGAAUAAUUCCACAGUAACACACACACGCAAACACACACAUAAACACGUGAUAAUCAUGUUUUCAUUCACUGAACAAACAGAACAUUUAGAGUACAUGAAUGUCGUCGUCAUGGCGGCAGAGUUGCUGGUUCAGUGACAAACAAAGAUCUUCUCUGUGGACAGAUGCAUUAACUACAGCAUUAUGUUUUUGGUCAUGUGACCACUCGUGUUCAUUGUGUGUGUGUCAGGGUAAACAGGAAGCUGAUGUUUUUUUUUUACUCUCACUGACAGGAAGUGUUAGCUACAUUCUGAUUGGCCGCUGGUCGUCCAAUCAUGGCUGAAACAAUCAGGAAGAGGAACGUGGAUGUUUACAAACGUCACAGACUCUGAGUUAGUUACCAUGGCAACAUACUCUGUGAACCUAACCUGCUGAGCUUGAAGCAGCUUCUGACACAUUCAUUCAUUUAUUCACAGUCGUACCAGAAGUAAUGAUGUGACUUCAUUAUUAUGACUUUAAUAUGGUGACUUGACAACCAGCGAUGAAUCAGUGAAUUUUCUGUUACUAAGCAACCAACUGCUUCCUGUUUACACCUGAAUGUGAUGUCAUGUGACGUGUGUUUUUAAAUGAAAAUCUUUGUUUAUAUAAAUAUAUAUAUUUUAGAUGAUUAAUAAUAGAUGUUGUAAUCUUUUAUAUUGUGUUACUGAUUACUGAUUAGUUAGUCUGUGAGUCGCUGGAAUGUGGUAGAAGAACUUUUAUGAUUUUUAUACUGAGUUUACAUGUGAAACACGAAACCAAGAACCAAUGCAGAACAAACAGAACCAAGAACCAACGCAGAACCAAGAACCAAUGCAGAAUCAACACAGAACCGACACAAAACCAACAUAAAACCAAUGACGCAGAACCAACACAAAACCAAUGACGCAGAACCAACACAGAACCAAUGCAGAACCAGCAACGCAGAAUCAACACACAAUCAACGUAGAGCCAAGAACCAAUGCAGAACCAAGAACCAACACAGAACCAAGAAUCAAUGCAGAAUCAACGCAGAACCCAGAACCAACGACACACAACCAAUGAUGCAGUACCAAUGCAGAAACCACACAGACCCAAUGUAGAACCAAUGUAGAACCAAUGCAGAAUCAACACAGAAACAACAACACAGAAUCACCACAGAACCAGUGACGCAGAACCAACACAGAACUGAUGCAGAACCAACACAGAAUCAACGCAGAGCCAAGAACCAACACAGAACAACGCAGAACCAAGAACCAACGCAGAACAAACAGAACCAAGAACCAAUGCAGAACCAUGAACCAACGUAGAGCCAAGAACCAAUGCAGGACCAAGAACCAAUACAGAAUCAAUGUAGAAUCUACAUAGAACCAACACAGAGCCAAGAACACAGAAUCAGUGACGCAGGACCGACGCAGAAUCAACGUAGAACCAAAAACCAAUGCAGAACCAAUACACAAUCAACACAGAACUAAGAAUCAGUGCAGAACCAAUGCCUGUAUCAAUGUAGAACCAAGAACCAACGCAGAACCAAGACCCAACGCAGAACAAACAGAACCAAGAACCAAUGCAGAUUCAACACAGAACCAAGAACCAAUGCAGAAACGUAGAACCAAGAAUCAACGCAGAACCAAGAAUCAACACAGAACCAACGACGCAGAAUCAACGUAGAACCAACGCAGCACCAAAAACCAAUGUAGAAUCAACACAGAACCAACGCAGAACCAAUACAGAUUCAACACAGAGCCAAGAACCAACACAGAACAACGCUGAAUCAAUGCAGAACCAAGAACCAAAACAGAAUCAACACAGAACAUACACAGAACCAAGAACCAAUGCAGAACAAAUAGGACAAAUGCAGAACCAGCACAGAACCAACAGUCAAAACCAAUGCAGAAUCAACACAGAACGAAGAACCAACACAUAAUCAACAUAGAACCAACGCA